GGGCGAAUAAUCAGAAGGGGGAUGACUAUGCGCUAACCUCGUCGAGACUAGAUCCUAAGCACAAAAAUGACUUCGUCCGAAGUUUCGUCCGAAGUAUUGUCUGAUUGGUUCGAAUCAUUACAUAAGCAUCCGAGCUGAAGACUUUAUGUACUUCUCAGACAUAUCGUCCGUGUUUUCGUCCGCUUUUGAUUGUUAAUCUGUAAUCUGUGUGUUUGCAGGAGUACUAGUUGUACGAAAUUGAGUAUGAUGACGCAAAUGACACCAUGUAUCCCUGGUUGUUGUUGGUCCGUUGGCACAUAUAUAGAUGUACAACUAACGAUGUACCUCUCUCGGUUCUCAUUAUAUCCUCCUUCAUCUAUCUUUUAUAGACUUCUAUACCUGUUAUCAGAGACCGGCAGUGACUUGCGGACUUGGACAUAUUGUUUGAUUUUCUUGUAUCCUUACUCCAAUCAUCAACAUGGGCUGGUUCACCUCCUUCCUCUAUUCCCAAUUAUUCGUCACCCUCCCUAUCCCCACCCACGACUUCACAAACCAAACCAUAAUCAUAACCGGAUCCAACACAGGACUCGGUCUCGAAGCCGCUCGUCACGUCUCCCGUCUUAAUGCCCACCUUCUAAUCCUCGCCGUGCGUUCUCAAUCCAAAGGUCAAGACGCAAAAACAUCCAUCCUAGCAAGUACCGGCCGUCCAGAAUCCAGCAUUGAAGUUUGGUCUCUAGACAUGCAAUCUCCAUCUUCGAUCCAAGAUUUCUGCUCCAAAGCCAAUAAGCUCCCCAGGAUCGAUGCCGUGCUUGCUAAUGCGGGGAUUAUGACGAAAUAUUUUAAGUUGGUGGAAGGCCAUGAAAGCACGGUUAUGACAAACGUGAUUGGGACUUUCCAAUUGGUUUUCGGACUAUUACCGAAACUGAAAGAGUCAGCGAAGGAAUUCGAUAUUCAACCUCGAGUCUCGAUUGUGGCUUCGGAUUUGCAUUUUAUUGCCAAGUUCAAAGAGGCGAAAGAGAAGGAGAUUUUCAAGGCGUUGAAUGAUGAGAAGACAUCCGAACUCGAUUUGGAAAGAUACGCCACCACGAAGCUUCUUCAAGUAUUCGGAGUCCGCGAGCUCGCCCAGAAACUUACACGGGAUUCCGAUUCUGUAUCUCCAUCAGUCAUUGCCAAUUGCAUGACGCCCGGAGCUUGCAAAUCCGAUUUCCAUCGCGAAGAUCAGGGGUUUGAUAAGUUCAAGAAAUGGCUCUUGAGUGCUCUGCUUGCGCGCAGCACGGAAGCCGGGAGUCGCACUUUGGUGGCGGGAAUUGCAGCGGGGGAGGAAAGUCAUGGGGAAUAUAUGGCGGAUUGUUUGGUGGCUGAGACCGGCCCACUUGUGAGAGGACCUGAAGGUAUGAAGUUGCAGAAGAAGGUAUGGGAUCAAUUGAUGACGGAACUGGAGAAGAUUCAACCCGGCGUUUCCUCAAACUAACGGUAAAGUUCUCGAGGCAAAAUCAAGAUGGAAAAUUGGAAGAAAGAAUUUGUUUCUAGAUUUCGGAGUUCUGUUAGAGCGUCGAGUGGCGCGGAUAGAUCUGUGAUUACCAGUUGUUAGAUUGGAACUAUGUAUAGUGUGAUUGAAACCGUACCCGUCCAGCUGUUCGUAUAUUUUAUCUCCUUUGAAACAAUACAGAAUCGAGAAAGAGGGAAAAAAACAUAUAUAAUCAAAUCAGACAUCAAAAAAAUCCGCCAAGUGGUACA